AUGAGCGGGACUGUCCGUUCGGGGAUGUUGUUUGUCAUCUAUGUCUUGUUUUUAUGUCGGACUGGAAUAGUUUAUUCCAACUUAUGCCCAAGGCAGUGUUUGCCGGGAUCCUGUUGCGAAGUUGAAGAAAAUGAUUUCAGAUGCUGUCCUUAUGCUAAUGGUGUAUGUUGUAGUGAUGGAAAUAACUGCUGUCCUCAAGGAACACAGUGUGACUUGGAACUCGGUCGAUGCCGUUCUUCUAAUUGGGCUGUAUUACCCUCCAAACAUAUGUCAGAGAAAGUAAUUGGUGAUUUGAAAACCAGUGCUUUGGAUGUGGUGCUUAGGAGACUAUCAGCAAACUAUAUUAUGUGCCCCGACCGCCUGUCGGUAUGCCAGGAUAACACUACAUGUUGCCCAAUGUCAGGUGAGAUAUGGGGUUGUUGCCAACAUGCCAGUGCUAUCUGCUGUCCAGAUGGAGAACAUUGUUGUCCUCAUGGUUCAGUCUGCGAUAUGGUGAAUCAUUCAUGUAAACCAGCUAAGUUCAAUGAAAUCCCAGAGAUGAAAGAAUCUUUCCCCACCUUACAUCUUGUAUCAGCAUCAGCUCCUGCACGUCUGAACCCAAAUGUUAAACCAUCUAAAGCAAGCAGAAGAAAAAAUAUUCAUCAACCGUCAGCCAAGUAUUUACUAGCCUAUUCUGGUGUUGUAUGUCCAGAUCCAUUAUAUGAAUGUCCAAAUAAUACAACUUGUUGCUCUAGUUCAGAUGAAAAAUGGGCAUGUUGCCCUAUUCCUCAAGCUGUAUGUUGCAGUGAUGGAGAACACUGUUGUCCUGAUGGUUAUACAUGCGAUUUAUCUGUGGGAGAGUGUAUAAAAAAUUCUCACUCAUCAAAUGAAUCAAAAAAAUUUUCAUCGAAUACUAUUCUAUCAUCAUUGCCAAUCAAAAUUGGAAGCAAUGCUCUUUGUCCUGACAGUGAUGUUUAUUGUUCAGAUAAUUCAACUUGUUGUGAACAUGACAAGAAAUGGGGUUGUUGCUUGUUCCCAAAUGCAGUCUGUUGUUCAGAUGGUAUUCAUUGUUGUCCACAAAAUACAAUUUGUGAUGUACAAGAAGAAAUGUGUAUUAGUAAAUCAGGUGAUAUGAUCACUAAACUACAAUUAAAAUCUACACCUAAACUUCAUUCAUUCAAAUCUAAUUCACGUAUUAAUAUUUGUUCUGAUAUGAAAUCAUAUUGUAUUAAUGGUACAUGUUGUUCCAAUGUAAAUGAUCCAUUAUCAACACUUUGUUGUCCUUAUGAAAAUGCCGUUUGUUGCAGUGAUGGUAAACACUGUUGCCCAAAAGGUACAACAUGUGAUAUGAUCAAAGGUGGUUGUAUUAUUUCACAAGAAGAUUUAUCAAAAUCUAAUUCCAUUCCAUUACUUACCAAGAUUCCAGCAUUACAUGUUACUUCCAAAAAUAAUACACAAUCUACUGUUUUCACUCAAGUUUGUCCUGGUGGUAAAGCAAAAUGUCCGGAUAGUUCAACAUGUUGUAAAUUAUCUAGUGGGAAAUAUGCAUGUUGUCCAAUACCAAAUGCUAUUUGUUGUGCGGAUGAUAUUCAUUGUUGUCCACCAGGAACUUCAUGUGACCACAAAACUCUAUCAUGUGUGAAAGCGAACAAUGAUCAUUCAAUUGGAAGCCCAUCAGCUAAUGAAUUAUUGCGUAAUCCUAAGUUGUUAUUUACUGGAGUACGUGAUCAUGUUUGCCCUGGUCAUCAAUCUACAUGUUCUGAUGAUCAAACUUGUUGUCGACUACCUGAUAAAUCAUGGGGUUGUUGUCCACUGAAAAAUGGCGUUUGUUGCGGUGAUCAUUUUCACUGUUGUCCAGCUGGUUCAGUUUGUGAUUUGGAUACAAAACAAUGCAUUUUACAACUUGAAUUAAAUCAAUCUACCACAAAAAUAGUUUAUGAUGGGUUUACUAUGCACAUAGCUAAUCGAAAGUCAUCAGAUCGUUUAUAUUCACGACCAGUAAAAUCAAUUAGUACUAUUGAUGCUUCUGUACAAGCGAAAUGGUGUGGAGCAUGUGGUGACACUCGGGCUUGUUGUCCAGAUGCUGCUUUCAAUUCAUGGUCAUGUUGUCCUUAUGUAGGCGGAGAAUGUUGUAUUGGACAAAAUAUUUGUUGUCCUCCUGGAUCACGUUGUUUAAAUAAUGGGAAAUGUGAAAAGAUUUCAAAGAAUAUCAUGAAAUCAUUUGCACCAACUUUAAUACCAUCUAUUUCAAGAAAUAACAAUUUACAAAGAUCAUAUUUCAUUCAACAAAAUAAUGUAAAGGAAAACUUUCAUAUAGAAAUGUCUAAUAUUGCUAAACCUGCUCAAAGAAAUCUUCUUCUUCUUGUUCGUCAGUAUCGACGUCUUAAACGACAAUUACAUACAAUUUGUCCUGAUUCAUUACAUUAUUGUGGUAAAUCUGAACAAUGCUGUCUUUCUAAUAAAUUUGGUUAUACUUGUACACCGAAUAAGUCCAUAUGUUGUGGAUCUAAUAUGGAUACUUAUUGUCCAAUAUACAAAGAUUGUUCUUUAGAUGGUAAAUUCUGUAUUGAUAAGUAUUAG